UAUAAAAACGUCUUGGGGGGACUGUCAAAUCUACAUAUUCUCUCUCUAUCUAUCUAUCUAUCUAUCUGGAUUCAUAGGACAGAUCAUAUUUGCUCAGCAGAUUCGAUUUAAUCGCCGAUCUUUAUUACUCGCUGUUCCUCUCCUCUUCUCCAUUCAAUCUCUGUCUCUUCUCAUAUAAAUGUUUCAGAUUUUCAAGAACUGAUUAAUCCUUUGACUCCACCCCAACCAAUAACAAAGAAACAUGGAGGGUGACACAUACUCCACCCUUGGCAAUGGCACCCAGCAAAUUGAUGGCAAGAUCUUGCAGACAUUUCAAAAAAGGUUUGUUCAAGUUCAAAACAUUUUGGAUCAGAAUAGAGUACUCAUCAAUGAGAUAAACCAGAAUCACGAGUCUAGGGUCCCUGACAACCUCAACAAGAAUGUUGGUCUUAUUAAGGAGCUUAACAGCAACAUCAGAAGAGUUGUUGACCUUUAUGCAGAUCUUUCAACUUCCUUCACCAAAUCAAAUGAUGUUUCUUCCGAAGGAGAUUCAAGUGGUGCUGUGAAAUCAGAAGGAAAAUCUUCUCACAAACGACACAGACCUCUUUAGGCCAGGGAGUUCAUUUUUCUUUUUCAUUUCGGAAAAAUAUUAGGUUCUGUAGCUGAAUCUCUCUUCUCUUGUAUUGAUUAGUUACUUUUUACUGCUUACAUUUAUCAAAUAAAUAUAAAUAUAUAUAUUCUACUAUAUGAUUUUUCAGCAUUAA